AUGGCGCCCAAACGCGGACAAUCGAUCGAGCGCACCGACGAGCACAAUGAGUUCAUGAAGAAAUUGGAAGAGUAUCAUGCAAAGCGCGGUACCCUCCUCGAUGCAGAACCCAAAGUCGGCAUCCGCCACGUGGACCUAUUCAAACUCUACAAUCGCGUCGUUGAAGAAGGUGGCUAUGAUCUCUGCUCGGACACCAAGGCAAAACCGUUGAUGUGGAGGAGGCUGGCUGAAGAAUUCAUCGGCAAGAAUCAGUACACAGCGGCACAGGCUUUCCAGAUCAAGAACGUCUACUAUAAGAAUUUGUGCGCGUACGAGAUCAGCACCCAUUGGAAACAAGAGCCUCCGCCGAAGGAGAUACUGGAGGACGUGACUGCAAAGGGCGGAAACGUAAUGACCAGAACCUUGGAAAACUUCGAAAGGCCGAAGCCGCGCGAAGAGCUGAACGGUGAUGGGAGUGAUGCCAGUCCGGAGCAGAAAACACCAAAAGAAGUCAAGCCGGAAAUCAUGGAUGAGCCUGGGAGCGCGACCGGUCGGUCUACGAGAGGACUACGGCAGCAGCCACCACAGCGCGUCCUUUUUCAGCCUGAAGUGGGCUCGAGUCGGCAGCCCAGAGGGCAGAAUCACGUCUCGCACAACUCGCCGACUCCAGGUGCCAUGAAUGGAGUUGUCAAUGCUUCAUCUUUGACCAACGUCACGUCGUCGACCCUUGCUUCUUACGAGCCUUCGCAGGUAUACCCAUUAUCACUGAAGCCUGUUAUCACACCUGCCAACAAUCCUGAAUUCUACCGCAAUGAGAGAAAGAGAAAGCUGGAAGCCACUGCAGGACCAUUGGCGAAGAAGUACAAGAAUAUCAUGCUUCCCGGUACUGGGUUCAUCGGACCCAACAUCUAUGUACGCGCUCAGCUGGCUUUGCAGAGCGGCAUCCCAGAUGAGGAGCAGUACGCGCUGCAUCAUUUGGUCAAAAUCAGUCAUGAACGUGGCGACAAAUACCGCUUCGACCAAUUUCCCGGUCUUGCAGACGCGCUUGUGAAAAAGGGCUUGCAGGUGACUAGUCUCUUCUACGAUAUCGAUUGGGACGUCAUGUAUGACGAAGAAUUCUUUGCAGGGGACGACGAGACGCUCAAUGGCUUAGACGGAACGCCCGACAUUCUUCAAAAGCUCAAAUCACGUAUUCCGAUCAUAUGCGACGACUCAGUUCUCGACUCCGAGUUCAUCGCGCAGAUGAAUCGCAUUACAGAAUCAGCACUCGUCAUGCGGAACAUGGCCUUGCAGGAAGAGAAUGCUGCGUACCUGUCGAGAUUACCGUUGGUCCAGGAUCUGAUUGCAGUCGUUCUGAAUCUCCCAGAACAUGCGAGCAUUACCGAAAUGCGACAUUAUGUUCUGGAUGUCGCCGAGCAGGUGCUCAAAUACAUUGAUAUUGGCUCUCAGGACGCCGCGUACCAGGGUCUGCUGCAGCAAGUACUUUGUUCUGAUCGUGGCUCGAUCGCUGCAGCAUUAAGGACGCUUAGCAGAAUAGCAAUGACACAUCCAGCCCCUAAACGGCUCGAUGAUGUUCCGGUGGCAGUUCUUCGUGCCACCCAGCAAUAUCUAUUGAUCGACGAUGAGGAGCUCAGAUCUGCAGCUCUAGAUUUCCUCGGACAAUUCACGUCCAUCAGCGACAAUGUAGAGAUCCUCCUCCGUGCUGUGGAUGCCGAAGCGCUCGGCCGUCAACUCAGUCGACUGAUAUUGUUCAACGCAAAAGAGCAUAGGGAACAGCGAGCACCAAGACGUCGAGACGUGGAGGACACCAUUCCACCAGUGCCGCGUCUUUCCAAGAACUUGGUGGAGAGUCUCCUCAAGCUGGAGGAGCCUGAGCGAUCCUCGGAAUGGCUCAGAAUGUGCUUCGUGGCGGACUCAAACGCGGAAAUGACCCAAAUCUCUCUAUGGCAAGCAUAUCAAGGCACUUUCGCGCCUUACCACGCAACACAUCCGCAUCUCAUCGCAGGAGAUUUCAUCAAGAAUGUCAGCACCACGUUCCCGGGAGCUACUGCGCAGGUCGCUGGGUCAAACAAGUAUGUGAUCAAAGGUAUCAGAUCACGAAAAGUGCCUGUGGACACUGGCAUACUUGCAGGAUCCAAGGGCACGGAUAAAGGCAAAGAACUGCUUCGAUGUCAUUGGAAGAUGACCAUCCCUGUGGAAGGCACCAGGGAUCCUGUGACGGGCCUCACUUCAACUCCUACAACACGGGAAGCCGAAUGCGCAGAGUGGUUCAGAUCUGGUGAUGACAUACUUCGGCAUAUUUUGACGCAUCACUUGCAGAUUCCGAGAAAGGAUGUCACUGGCAACACCGAGAAAAUGGACACUACGUACCAAUGCCGCUGGGCAGACUGUCAGCGGUUGUCUACGGAAUUCAGUAGCGGCGACACAUCCCGUACCCAGCUGUUUGCACGACAUGUUGAGACGCAUUUACCCGAUUCGGAUUCCUCCAGAACAAGACAUAACCUGAAGCCGGACGCUGUGCCCACCCAGAGUGACUACGGCAUCACCAGACUAUCGCUUCUCGAGGAUGAGAAGGGAGAUGCAGCUGGUGUUCCGCUUAGAGCUGCCCUUGUCUUGCGAAACAUGGCUCGCUUCAUGCCGAAGGACCUGGCGCCAGCGCAGUCGCUCAACGCUGUGAAGAGAGGCGAGAAGAAGGAGGAGAUCACGGACGUCGUGACCAAGGUGUUUGACAGCGAAGUGAGGGAACGGCUCUUCUACGCGAUGUCUCAUAGCAAGACGAUAAGAGACUACAUUGGUGCGGUAUUUAGAGCUGUCAAGCAGAGCAGCACCUGA